AUGAUUGUAAACGCAGAUAAAACCCACACGGGGGUUGGUCCCAUUCUAACCGUCGUCCCCAUCUCAACCACUUACCAAGUCGUCGGUCGUGACGGCAUGCGUGCUCUCUGGAUCGUCUUCGGGAUUAUGGUCAUCGCAUCCGCUGUCUUCGCUCUACAGUCCUUUAACAUUAUCAUCUCUCGCCGAUUAUACCAUGUUAUUACUACCUUGACCACCAUUAUUUCCGCUCUUUCAUACUUCGCCAUGGCGUCAGGCCAUGCUGCGGCCUUCAACUGCCAAGCGAUAAGAGAAGAUAAUCAGCAUGUACCCAAUAUACUUCGCCAUGUUUGUCGCGAGGUAUUUUGGGCUCGUUUUGUUGAUUCGAGCUUGUCAAUUCCCCUCUUGUUGCUGGAGCUCUGUCUUCUCGCUGGGAUUGAUGGCGCUCGCACCUUGAUGGCUAUUGUGGCUGUUCUUGUUAUGGUCUUGUCGGGGCUCUUUGCGGCCUUCGGCCGUGAUGAUACCGCGCAGACAUGGGGGUGGUUCGCGAUUGCAUGCGUUUCUUAUCUGCUUGUCAUCUGGUAUGUUGCAGUUUAUGGUUCUAAGACGGUGGACGCCAAGGGUGCCAAGGUCACCAAGCUUUUUAGUUCCAUGGCCACCUUUAUUCUGAUCCUCUGGACGAUUUACCCAAUUGUCUGGGGUAUCGCAGACGGCGCAAAGAAGAUAUCUGUGGACUCGGCAAUUAUCGCCUACGCCGUUCUAGAUGUAUUGACGAAACCAGUCUUCGGCGCUUGGCUCCUUAUAGCGCAUCACCAGAUUCCGGAGAUCAAUUUCGAAGUAGGAGGGUAUUGGUCAGAGGGUUUGAGUUCCGAGCGAAUAAUUCGAAUUGGCGAUAAUGAAGAGGCUCCCCUUCGGCAACCUUCUCCUUUGCCUGUUCAGCCAACUCGCCAGCAGCCUCCUCACCAGGAGCCAUCGACUUAA